GCUACACUCAAGUACAUGUCUACAGUGAGCGAGAGCGAAAGGGGGAGGGUACCACUUUGUCACUGGCUGCUACGAAGAUUAACCUUUCAAUUAGUAGUUAUCAGCUCCUCUGUGUGUCUCCAUGCGUGCAGACCUGCGGGAUUAUCAUUAUUUUGGAUACAUACAACACCAUCCUGACGCGCCUUCCCCUCUCCAUCGACCAUUAUGAUGAAGAGCGCGAGCCGAUGUGCGCAAACUUGAAGAAGAUUUGAACUUGGAUUUCGUCUCAACAGCGCCCUCAAGCAACUAUAGUGGAUUUUACCAGUGCCAACAGUUAAAACUAAACCUUGGAUUGAGUUCAAUGCGCGGAUGUAACUUUGGAACCUAACUUUUUGACCUUUCCGAAGGAUGUGGAUUUAUUCCUUGUUCUCUAGCUGUAUGGAUUACAUAUUAUUAUUAUUAUUUGCAAUCGAGUAACCAUGGUAAAACUCGCUAACCCUCUGUACACGGAGUGGAUUCUCGAAGCAAUACAGAAAAUCAAACGCCAGAAGCAAAGACCGUCGGAGGAGAGGAUAUGCCACGCUGUUGGCACCUCACAUGGACUCGACAAGAAAAUUGUUCUCGAGCAAUUGGGAUUAAGUGUUCACGAUGGGUCUAUUCUCAAAGUCACCAAUAAGGGGAGCACUUCAUACAAAGACCCCGGGAAUCCUGGAAGAGUUGGAGUGGUCGCGCAGCCGGCAAUCGCGACCCCGGUUCCGACAAAGGAAUUUAAAUGGGAUUCCCAAGAUCUGCGCCAUGUUGAUUGGAAUAAAAUACUAAAACGGGCGAUCGAAGGCUUGGAUGAUACGCACGGCUCCUCUCUGAAAAAUAUCGAGCGGUAUCUGAGAAACCAGAGGGAUUUGGCCAAAGUUGCCUCUAACCCCGCUUUCGGGCAGAGGUUGCGGUUAGCGGCGAAGCGUUCGGUGGGCAACGGCAGGCUGUUGAAAAAUGGCCCGCGAUACAAGCUUAGUUCACAACGGGGCAGCGUGGAGCAAGGCAGGGGGCACUCCAGGGGUCCCGGUAGCUCGACGUUACUGCUGACGACGGUGACGCUCCUCCCACACGAACGCGAUCAGAUGCGGGUGGACCCCAUCCCAAUAUGCAGCUUCUGUUUGGGAACGAAGGAGUCGAACCGGGACAAGAGGCCGGAGGAGCUGCUGUCGUGUGCGGACUGUGGCAGCAGCGGGCAUCCGUCAUGUCUGAAGUUCUCUCCAGAUUUAACCUGUAACGUGAAGAGGCUCCGGUGGCAGUGUAUCGAAUGCAAAACCUGCAGCUUGUGUCGAAUCCAGGGCAAAAACGCAGACGAGAUGCUUUUCUGUGAUUCGUGCGACCGAGGGUUCCACAUGGAGUGCUGCGACCCUCCUCUCUCUCGAAUGCCAAAAGGGACUUGGAUCUGCCAAGUCUGCAGGCCCAAGGAGAACGGGAAGAAGCUGCUUCAGCAGAGAGCCCACCAGAUCAAGCGCCGUUAUGCAAAGCCCAUCGGACGACCCAGGAACAAGCUCAAACAGAGAAUGUGUGUGAGUGGCGGUGGCAGCAGCUCGGCAGCACUGGCGGGCCGGGGGGCACCUGGUAGGGCUCAAAAGAUUUCCGUCUGUUCCACAAAUCCAUCUGGUCAUGCUGCAUCUGUGACGGACACCAGGGGGCCUCGUUGUGCAGUCGAAAUCACCACCUCCUCCUCCUCUUCCUCCUCCUCCUCCUCCUCCUCUUCCUCCACCCCUCCCCCCCUCACCUCCACCUCAGCCACACUCACCGUAAACAAGAAAACCAAAGGGCUAAUCGACGGGCUUUCCAAAUUCUUUACCCCCUCACCCGUGGGACGUCGCAUGCGAGCUGUGUCUCUGGACCAGCCUCCAAAACUGUCGGCAGAAACAGUCACUUUGACCCCAGAUUCGACCCAAAACACCCCCCCAUCUCUUCUUCCAGUCCCACCCCCUUCGUUGCCUGGACUUAGCCCAAACGUGCAAGUCUCAAGCAGCUCAACAUCGGCUAACUCCCCUCAGAGUUCUUCCAGCCAGUCUAGCGUGCCCUCCCUAACUAGCUUGUGCACGAACAGCCAUGUUAAAGGCCUUUUCGACGGACUCUCUCACAUAUUUACCACUCAGGGACAGUCACGGAAAAAGAGGCUUCCUUGCUACGCGCCGCCCAGACGCCAUAAAACCCAAGUUGAGUCCAAAGCGGGGACACAGCGCCUCCCCAAGACCGAUUUUAGUCAUAGCAAUAGCAAUAGCAAGAGCAGGCUGCCAGGAUGUCCCAGAGGAUUUAAGAUGGUCAGUCAUUUCAAGCGUAACCCCUUCCUAAAAAAGCACAGGACUCUAGGCAGGCUGCGCUAUAGGGUGAGUCCACACAAGGGGGCGCUGUCUCCAGGAAAGGCAGACUUGAAAGAUGGACAAGAUAAAGCAGAGAAUAUUCAUGGACUGAACGGAGAGCUGAGGGUGAAGAAGGAGGCUGAAAUGGCCGCCAUGUCCCGAGACCACGUCAGUGAAGAAGACAUCGAGACGUUUAGCACAGUACAAGAGCUCGCUGCACAGAGAACCGGUGCUCUGAGCAGUGACUCCAUGCGUUUUCCCUCUGUCAUCGAAUUUGGAAAGUACGAGAUCCAGACGUGGUAUUCAUCGCCUUAUCCUCCCGAAUAUUCAAGACUACAAAAGCUUUAUCUGUGUGAGUUUUGUCUGAAGUACAUGAGAAGCAAAAACAUCCUCCAGAGACACACGAAGAAGUGCGGCUGGUUCCACCCUCCUGCCAACGAGAUCUACCGCAAAGACGACCUCUCCGUGUUUGAGGUUGAUGGAAAUGUCAGUAAACUGUUCUGCCAAAACCUCUGUCUUUUGGCCAAAUUGUUCCUGGAUCAUAAAACGCUGUAUUACGACGUGGAGCCGUUUCUUUUCUACAUCCUCACCCAGAACGACCAGAAAGGCUGCCACCUGGUGGGAUACUUCUCCAAGGAGAAACUCUGUCAGCAGAAGUACAACGUGUCGUGCAUCAUGAUCCUGCCUCAGCACCAGCGCCAGGGCUUCGGACGCUUCCUCAUCGAUUUCAGUUACCUGCUCACGAGGCGGGAGGGGCAGGCCGGGUCCCCGGAGAAGCCGCUGUCCGAUCUGGGCCGUCUGUCGUACUCGGCGUACUGGAGGAGUGUGAUUCUGGAGUACCUCUCGAAGCACCGCCAAAAACACAUCAGUGUGAGGGGCAUCAGCAGGUCCACGGGGAUGUGCCCCCACGAUGUUGCCUCCACCCUGCAGCAGCUGGGCAUGAUCGACAGAAGGGACGGCAGAAUCGUGUUGGUUCGUAGAGACGGUGUGAUCCAGAGGCACAUGGAGCGGCUGAGGGAGCGACCCAGACCGUACGAAGUCGACCCCGGCGCCUUACGAUGGACCCCGCCGAAAAACCACAACGCGCCCACCACAUCCGACGAGGAAGAGGAGGAAGAAGAGGAAGAGAUGGAGAUGGAGAGGCUGAAGGAUCAGUCCAGUCGCUGGGACAAAGACGACCUCUUCUCCCCAUCUCAGAGCGGCCGUCCCACCCUCACCAAAGUCCACUGUAAGGUUCCCUACCGAACCUACGAGCGCCGCGCCAUGUCGUCGUGGAGCCGCCGUAUCCAGGAAGCGGAGGAACGUAGCCAUGACGACGAGGAAGCUGACAACGAUGACGACGAUGAAGAUUCAGACAGCUCGCCGCCCGUUCUCACCAAAGCCCACGUCAUGCUCUCCACCAAAAGAAAGAGGUCUGUGGUGCUGAAGAAGCGCGGCCGAAAGAGGAAGAGGGUAAACAGCAGCGUCACCACGGAAACCAUCUCCGAGACGACAGAGGUGUUAAACGAGCCCUUUGAUCACUCCGAGGACGAGAGACCCAUGCCCCUCCUGGAGAGAACGUCCCGGGUCGGAGAGAUGGAUGAUGAGGAAGAGGAGGAGGAAGAGGAGGAGGAAGAGGAGGGGAGAGAGAAGAGGCAUAUCACACCAAUGAAGAGGAGGAGAGGAAGACCACGACUUGAGAAGAACAUUCAGAAAGACAAUCGUGAACUCUGGAGCGAAGGAGCAGAUUUUCUCUGCAAAAGGCCCACUCCACGUCCACUGAAACGGAAGAAAGGCUGGCCCAAGGGUGUGAAGCGCGGCCCGCCCAAAUGGAGAACCAAGAAUGAGAGAAAGAUGGGCUUCAAACUGAACCUGUACACGCCCCCCGAGACCCCCCUGGAGGCGGAGCACCACACGGAGGAGGCGGAGCGGGGCGUCGCCAGCGGCGACGAGGGCAGCCGAGCAGAGCCGGGGCCAGACAGUCCUGAUGUAACCGAGCCUCUGUCCCAGCCUCACAGCCCCAACCAGCCGGAGUCCCACAAGUCCAGCUCUGCAGAAGACUCUCCAGUCUGCUCCCCCGCCCCCUACCGUUCCUCCCCCGAAGCACCUCCAGACCCCCAGGACAGUGAGCCUGACUCCCCCAAAGACCCUGACCACGAGGAGCCCAGAGCCGAGACCGCCCGGGACAGAGAGGAAGAGGAGGAGCCCAGCCAGGCAGAGGGGCGGGGAGAGGAGGAAGAGGAGGAGCAGACCUCAGCGGAGCCGGAGGCCACGAAAGAGGAGCCAGAGCCAGAUGUACCGGACGCUCCUGAAUGCACCUCAGAGUAUUCAGGUCCAAACGAGUGUGAGGAGGCGGGUCUGCAGGUUACUAUGGCAACAGAUGAGAGUGAGGACAGGCCUGAGGCUGCAGCAGAGGCUCAGGCUUUAACAGAACCAGAGCAGGGCCCAGUCCCAGAGGCUGCAGUGGAUUCUGGGAACGCCUCAGAGGAGGAGACUGCCCCCAGUCCCUGUCAAGAUCGCCCCUGUCAGGACCUCCCCAGUCCCUGUCAAGACCACAUCGGUCAAGACCGCCCUUGUCAGGAUCACCUCAGUCCCUGUCAGGACCGCCCCCCCUCAGCACCUCCAGAGAAGCCCCUAAGCCCCGCCCCCAGAGCGGAACCCGUGUGCCCGGAGCUGGAAUCUGAGACGGUGCAGGCGGUGCAGUCCCUCACACAGGAUGCUGUGUUCCAGGAGUGUGUGGAACCUGUGGAGCCUUGUCCCCCAGUGCAGCCCUACGCCCCCAUGCCCCCCAGCCCCGCCCCCGUGCCAGAGGACUGCCCCCAGUCUGACCACAGCAGCCCCCUCUCGUCCGCCCCCUCUCACCCCAGCCAAUCAGUGCGCUCCGUGAACAGUCCCGCCAUGUCUCUGCUGGAGAGUGGCUACACCCAAAUCAGCCCCGAACACGGCGCCAUGGUGCUGCACAACAACUUGGAGACAAGCCCGGUCAUGGACGUGCCCUCGGUGUCUGACCACGGGCAACAGGUGGUCGACAGCGGCUUCAGUGACCUGGGCAGCAUCGAGAGCACCACAGAGCCAUACGAGAACCCCAGCAGCUACGACUCGUCUCUGGGCUACGGCAGCGCACUGUCCCAGGGCAGCUGUGCCGUGGGGCCAGCCAUGGUGGGGCCCGGGUGCUCUCUGAUGGCCCAAAGUCUGAGCUCGCCUCAGCACUGCAACGUCAAGUCUCCCCAAGGCUGCGUGGUCGAGCGGUCUCCCGGCAACGGGCGCCACGGGCAACACAAUCAGCACAAUCAAAUCAGCCACAAUCAACACCAACACGGGCCUCACAAUCUGAACCAGCCGCACAAUCAGCCCCACUCCCACAAUGCACCUCACCCGCCACACUCCCACAAUGCACCUCACCCGCCACACUCCCACAAUGCACCUCACCCUUCUCAUUCACACUCGCAUAACGCCCCGCACCCUCCACAUUCGCACUCCCAUAAUGCACCGCUCUCCCAUAACCCACCGCACCCUUCGCAUUCGCACUCCCACAACGUACCUCACCCUUCGCACUCGCACUCCCAUAAUGCACCACACUCCCAUAAUGCACCUCACCCGCCGCACUCCCAUAAUACACCUCACCCCCAACACGCUGUGCACAAUCAACCCCUGUCCCAUAACCACACUCCGCACCAUACGUCACACGGGCGCCAUAACUCCACCCACUCACAACAUAACUCCACCCACUCCCAACAUAACUCCACCCACAGUCAACAUAACCCUGUCCACAGCCAGCCCCAUAUCCAUAGCUCCUCCCACUCACAUAACCCCACCCACAGUCACAAUCAAAUGAGUCACAAUCACAGCCUGCACCACAAUCAACUGCCCCAGCACGGUCUCCACGGGCAACAGCAUGGAGUACCCCAGUGUGCGCUGCCCCCCAGCUUCACCCCGGGCGUCCCGUUACCCGACCUGCCCGAAUCCAGCCCCAACUUCUUGUACGAGCGCCUAAACCCUCAGGCCGAAUAUGGACCGCACUAUACCCAACCAUCGGGACUCAGUCUGGCAAAGCUACAGCAGUUCACCAACUCGUUCAUGGACCCGUUUAGCCACACCCCCUCGCACCCCAUCACGUCCUAUGCCAACACGCCGACUCUACCCCAGACGCCACAUCGGGUCCCCGCCCCCCAGACUGCCAUGACGCCCCCGCCCCCCUCCCUCGCCGGCACCUCCCACAUGAUGCUCCAGCGGAACCUCCAGUCGCAGCGCGUCCAAUCACAAAUGACCUCCAAGAACCACGCGGCGUCCCGUUCCAAGUCUCUCCACGCCCACCAGCAGCAGAUGUACGCCCCCCGCACCGUGCCGAGGGUCAGUCUGAUGCCCGCCGCGCCGGCCUACAACUCCAUGAACAUGCCAUCGCUAAACGGCUACGGCAUGAGCCACCCGACCAUGAACAGCGGUUAUCACGGUAACCACGGAUACAUGAACCAGUCGCCCCAGUACUCUAUGCAGAUGGGCAUGAUGGGAACUCAACCGUACGCCCAGCAACCCAUGCAAGCCCCGCCACACGGCAACAUCGUGUACUCCCCCGCGGGACACCACACGUACGUUAACGCCGGGAUGUCCAAGCCGCCAUUGAAAGGGGCGGGGUUUAUGCGGCGGUAACAGAGGGCGUGUGGAGGUUCUGAAGACUUUAUAAAAUGCACUAAUUUGGCCUUGUUUCUUUCUCUGUGUCUUUUUGUUACCUAAAACCAGCAGCACUUGGAAAGAUGCAAAAACGUUCAUCAGAGUUAAACUUUGAUCUAAUCUUGAAAAUAUUUUUGUUGCUCAGAUGGGAAGCCUUACUUCAUUAUGACAAAAAUCUAUUUAAAUAGCGUUAGUGUUUUAGGGUAUGUCCACACUAAUGCUGUUUAUUCUACAAUCCCAAUUCUGAUGGUUAAAGGAAAUUAAAGGAAUGUAACCAAUAGUGUUAGCUUAGCCCAUAGCUUUAUAUUGUAUCGCGGUUAUGUCUGCAGUGUUGUAGUUUAUGCUAACCGCCCAUGCUAAUCGUUCUUAAUCAAAGAAUGAAGGAAAACAUAUCUUUGUACUGAGAGACUGUACUGAAUCAUACAUAUAUAUAUUUUUUUGUUUUAUUUAAAAAUUGCCCUUUUCCCCAAGUGGAGAUGCACAUUUUUGGCAACCCUCUCACAAAAAGGUGUCUUGCUCAUAGGUGCCACAAUAGGAAGUGAGGGAUUUGUAUCAAUUUCCAUUUAUUUUUCCCCAUUGUCUAUUUAAAUUAACUACUAUGUGACAACCUAUUUACUUAUAUACUGGUCUAUAUAAUGCUUGGAAGUGCUAUGGCUGGUUUAGGAUUAUUACAGAUGUACCAGGAACAUAACAUGAAGUAUGAAUUUAAGCAUUCUUAGAUGAUAUGUAGGCUUUAUAAAAUACUUUUACCUGGAAACCAUCGUACAAUACACAAGUCCCACUUUGUAAUAAUUCACUUGUUAUUACCAUAGACUGUAUAUAUAAAUGGACAUAGCUAACUUGCUAGCCGCCGCGUUCCUGAACUGAGAAACUAUGGCCCCUCUCUCUGUAACUGCUACUCUCAGACUCAUCAUUUUGGACUUAAAAUGUUCGUAUUAACCCGCUCUACAUCCUGGUGUUUUUAUUUCGCUAUUGUGUUAACAGACACAAAUAACAGACAAAUCAGGCGCCUUCUUUCCCCCAGGUCACUCCCGCUAGUGUUAGCAACAGGUUUGAUUGCUCCCUGCUAAACCAGCGGUGCGGGCAGGAAUGGGGCGUUACUUUCAACAGCCUCGCUCUGGAUUGGCUGUUUGGUUGCUAUGAUACCAUGCUACAAAAACCAAAUACAGCUAUUGGCUCCAAAUUGGCCCCUAUAACCGCUAGCCUCGAUGAGCUUCAUUUGAUUGAACGCUAUCGGUGACGUCGCACUCACUUAGUCCACUUCUUUGUACAGUCUAUGGUUAUUAGAGUUGGUUAAGCUAGUUAUUACAUAGUAGUUACAUUGAACAUAACAAUGUAAGUGUAGUAUCAAAUUAGUAUUCACUUUUGUUUUGUUUUUUUUCAUUCAAUUUGUUUUUCUAUGGCACCUGCCCCUAAAAAGCAUGACUUAGGCCUAUACAAAUGUCACUUUUGUAAUAAUUGUGUUAUUACAAGUUAUUACAUAGUAGUUACAUUGAACACAACAAUGUAUGAAGUGUAGUAUCAGAAGUAUUCUCUAGUCUUUUUCAUUCAUCCAAUACGUUUUUCCAUUGCCCCCAUCCCUAUAAAUCACCAUUAAACAGGCCUAUUCAAGCCCCCCUUUGUAAUAAUUCACAUGUUAUUACAGUUGAUUAAGCUAGUUAUUACAUAGUAGUUACAUUGAACACAACAAUGUAUGAAGUGUAGUAUCAGAAGUGUUCUCUUUGAUUCUUUCAUUCAUCCAGUGUUGGGUGGAAAUUGCCAAUAAACACAGCGAUGAGCUUUACCAAUCACUUUAAUCUGCAAUCAUGUGAUCAAAGUGCAAUAUGACAACCCUGAAUUUUUCAAAUCAAAAUGAAAAAAAAAAAGAAGAAAAGUUUAUUUUUGUAAAUGUUAAAGUUCAUUAGUGUGGACAUAGCCAUAGGGGGGUUCAGUAGCAGCCUAUGAAGAAGCCAUGAAAUGUGCCUGGUCUUAUGGCUGUGUGCCCCGUGUCCUGUUUGUACUAUACUCAUGCCUUUGUAUAUUUAAAUUAUUGUACCUAUUUUGUAAAGUGACUAGCAUGCUUCAGUCUAUGUUAGUGGCAGUGCAUUGAGUAGUACAAGUGUUGUGCUGAUAGCAAGCCAUUUUAAAGAGUAUCUGGCCUUUUAUUAGGUUAUCUCUAUCACGGGGAUGAAAGAUUAAACUAUAUUUUGUUAAUUCUAAAAAUGUAUAAAAUGUAAACUUAGUCCUGUUUUGUUCAGUUUGAGAAGUUUUAUCGCUAUGUGUAUAAAACUGAAGUCUUUUUGUAACAGAGGCAGCUUCCUGUUGAAUAAAUAUGUCUAAAGCAUA